UGCGGUCGGCAGAGCAAGAAAGGGAAGCGGCGCGAGAGGGAGGGAGGAGAGCGCCCAGCGAACGGGGCCGAGCGCGAUGCGCCGCGCCAGCCGAGACUACACCAAGUACCUGCGCGGUUCCGAGGAGAUGGGCAGCGGCGGCUCCGGCGCCCCGCACGAGGGCCCUUUGCACGCCCAGCCGCCGCCCCCGCCCGCGCCACACUCGCCCCCCGCCGCCUCCCGCUCUCUGUUCGUCGCCCUCCUGGGGUUGGGGCUGGGCCAGGUCGUCUGCAGCGUCGCCCUGUUCCUCUACUUCCGAGCGCAGAUGGAUCCUAAUAGAAUAUCGGAAGAUGACACCGACUGCUUUAAGAGACUUUUCAAACUCCAUGAAAACGCGGAUUUGCAAGACUCAGCUCUGGAGAGUCAAAACACAAGAUUAGUACCCGACUCGUGUAGGAGAAUUAAACAGGCCUUUCAAGGAGCUGUGCAAAAGGAAUUACAACAUAUUGUUGGAUCACAACACAUCAAAGCAGAGAGAGCUCUGGUGGAAGGUUCAUGGCUAGACCUGGCCAGGAGGGGCAAGCCGGACACUCAGCCUUUUGCUCACCUCACUAUUAAUGCCACCGACAUCCCAUCAGGAUCUCACAAAGUGAGUCUUUCCUCUUGGUACCAUGACCGAGGUUGGGCAAAGAUCUCCAACAUGACUUUCAGCAACGGGAAACUGAUGGUUAACCAAGAUGGCUUUUAUUACCUGUAUGCCAACAUCUGCUUCCGACAUCAUGAAGCGUCAGGAGACUUGGCCACGGAGUAUCUUCAGCUGAUGGUGUAUGUCACUAAAACCAGCAUCAAAAUCCCGAGUUCACAUACCCUGAUGAAAGGAGGAAGCACCAAAUACUGGUCUGGAAAUUCAGAAUUCCAUUUUUAUUCCAUAAAUGUCGGAGGAUUCUUCAAGCUGCGAUCUGGAGAAGAAAUAAGUAUCCAGGUAUCCAACCCUUCACUACUGGAUCCAGAUCAAGAUGCCACUUACUUUGGGGCUUUUAAAGUUCGAGAUAUAGAUUGAGCCCCAUUUGUGUGGAAUGU